AUGGAUUGCAUAUUGCAGGUAACUGAGGUUACUUAUCACAGCAAACUUUGCUCAGAAAGUGGGAUUUUAUUCAAGAUCAUGACAGCGAUGAUUUGUUUGCUGCUGUGUUUGAGAUGGAAUAUGUUUAAUAAUAUUGUAUAUGUUGGAAGACGGUGUUUAGCAUCAUCUUUUAUUAUAGUUGGAGCUGCAUCAUUGAUGGCACAGCGCAGUUCACAAGCCAAAAGCAACGACCUGCCACCUGAUAUAAAAUUGAAAAUAUGCGAAUAUCUGGGAGAUAGGGACUUGAUCAAUCUCGGCCAAAGUCUUCCAAGUUGGAGGUGCAUAUUUUCAUCAUUGCCACUCUCUGGCAUCAUAUAUCAGCACAUUGACCAAUGGCCGUGGCUGGACAAGCGUCUCUGUCAACUGCUCUUUCCACGGCCUUCACCUACUACUUUUCAAAAUGCAUUUGAAGCCAUCCGAUAUCAAAAGGAGCAAACUGCCUCUUAUUCUCGCUUCUUAAACAGCCUUGCUGCCAAGCAUGAUUACGGAAAUGUGCACUUCUGCAUUAUGCCUACAAGAAAGUCGUUCUUGGAAUCAAGAUUAGCGCAUAAAGCAUUGUCUAUUUCGAAACGUAAGAACACUACCUUAAGCAAGUUGAAAUGGAGUAUGCUUAGGCCAUAUGGCAUUUUAUCUUAUUAUUUUCGUGAUUCUGAUUAUAAAAAUGGCAAACCGCUUUAUAAUGAUACUCCCGAUACACAUGAACGAAACGAUUGUAUAGUCUACCUGAUGGAAUAUUCGCGAAUGUUCAACAGCGAGCUGAUCUCCACCUUGGAAUCGCUGGAACCCCAUCAAAUACUUAUUAUUGUACUUGUUAUAAAUUCGAGGAGAGAUAAGUCAAGUCAGGUGGAAUGUUUUGUAAAAUUCCUUCUGAGCUAUGAAAUACCAGUGUUGUCAUUCCUAUUAACAGUGAACUCGGAAAGUCAAGCUAGAAUUGGUUCUUUGUUGGCUUUGGAAUUGAUGGUUUUUCUUCAUUCAUGGUUCUCCCUUCUAGCUGAUGCAUUUUUGAUGAGGCGACCAAACUCAAAAGUUGUGAGGUUCUCGGGCUGUUGGAAAACCAAUGAAACCAUCGAAUAUGAUGAAUUAUCGGCACCGUGA